AUUAAUCUUAUGAAAAAAUUAGGAUUAUACUGUGAAAUUAUUGAAGUGAUUUAAAAUGAUGGCUAAAGCAACAACGUGCAAAGAAGCUAUUCAUAGAUGGGAAGAGAAAACAGGAUUAAUCGCGAGCGAACAAAAGGAAAUAAUUUUAUCUUUCCAGUGGCCUCCAAUCGAGAAAAUGGACAACAGUUUGGCGAUAUUACAUAACGUUGAGAAAUUAUCUUUAUCAACAAAUGUAAUAGAAAAGAUUAGCGGUAUUAAUUCGCUGAAAUAUCUGAAAAUCUUAUCUCUGAGCAGAAACAAUAUCAAAACGUUCUCAGGAUUGGAAGCAGUUGGAGAUCACUUGGAGGAAUUGUGGAUAUCUUAUAAUUUGAUUGAAAAGAUCAAAGGUGUUAGUGCUUUCAAAGCGCUCAAGGUUUUAUAUAUGGGCAACAAUCUGGUGAAAGAUUGGGCGGAAUUUAAUCGCCUGCAAGAGAUACCUAAUCUUCAAGAUUUGAAAUUCAUUAACAAUCCUAUAUGUGAGAAUAUGGAUGUAGAAUCGUGGCGCGCGCAAGUUGUAAAGAGAUUCCCUACGUUGAAAAAACUUGACGCGAUACCAAUUAUACACGCAAGUGAAGAUUAAAAAUAGAGGAUAAUUAGAGUGGAUUUGUGUGUUGAAAAUAAUAUAAAAUUUAUAUUUAC